GCUAAACCAGUGCGCUCCUCUGCUACCGACUAAACACCAUUAAUCAUCUCUCUCUAUCUGCUUUUCAGUGUUCUACUUCCAUCAUCAUCAUCUUCAUCUCUCCAACUGGAAAUUAUGACCGUUUGAUUCUCCCCUGCAAAUAAUAGUAACUAGUAAGUUGUAACCCAUGGAUUGUGAUAGUGGAAGAACAGAAUUCGACCGUUCCAACAUGACCGUUUUGCUCCAAAACAACGAUCCAAGACUUCCUUGUUCCCCUGAAGUUCUCGACUCACUCUGGAUUUCCAAUUCUCCCCAUCAUCCUUCUUUCCAUGGGGACUCUGGCUCCUGUUCCAAUUCCAUGGUUAAUUUCGCCGACAACAACGGGCAAUUCUUGGUGACAGAUCAGAAGAUGGAAGAGAACGAUAUUAUUGAUAACAACGAGGAAGUUCAUCAUGAUGUUUACUUUCACAAGCCAGAAAAGAAAAGGAGGCUUAAGAGUGAGCAAGUUCAGUCUCUUGAGAAGAUAUUCGAAGUGGAUAAUAAGCUUGAACCUGAUAGGAAAGUUGAACUAGCUAAUGAACUGGGUCUUCAGCCAAGGCAAGUCUCUAUCUGGUUCCAGAAUCGACGAGCCCGGUUCAAGAAUAAGCAGCUUGAGAAAGAUUAUGCUUCUUUAAAAGCUAGUUUUGAUAAUCUCCAAUCUGACCAUGACCGUCUUCUCCAAGAGAGGGAAAGAUUGAGAAAUCAGGUUCUGCAACUCAAAGAGAAGCUUAAACAGAGAUCGAUUUCAUACCCAGAUCAUGUAAUGGGAUCAAAUUCGCAGAAACCUGAAAGUAAGGAGAAGUCGGCGGCGGCGGCGGCGCCGCCUGUUAAGAUGGAAGAUGUAAGCUCGACGAAAAGUGACGUUGUUGAUUCAGAAAGCCCGCAUUGCGUUGAAGGGAGGAACCGUUGGUCUUCAAGUUCGUCGCAGAUGGAGGUUGCAGAAUCAUACCAAGUCCCCCGCCCAGGUGAAGAAGAAGAAGAAGAAGACGACAAUAAUAAGAAGAAGAGUCUUUAUGAGGCGCCAUGUUUUCCCAAGGUUGAAGAAGAUGGUGAUUAUUACAGUGACCCGUCUGCAAAUUGUUGCAAUUGGGAGUUCCAAGUUGUUGAAGAACAGCCGUCGUCUUGGUUUUGGCCUUAUUGAAGAAGAAGAAGAAUGUUGAAAAAAGAAUGGUGCUUUUUAUGGCUUAGUUGUAAUUAAAUGCAAUUAAUGAAUAUGCUUAUUAUUACCUGCCCCCUUUGAUUUAAA